AUAUGUAUAACAAUACCUAAGAUGUCUAAUAUUUUUAAAGUUUGUCUUUAUAUGUUCUAAAGUUAUCUAUCUACAAAAGCAUAGCAGAAAAUAAGGCAAAAGUACAGAAAAUAUUUUGGCUCACAAUGUGUAGACACAACAAAAACAGUCACUUCUUCAGCAUAUUCUAUAUUUUUGUUUUUUCUUUUGCAAGUUUAUUUUCAAUAUGUAAUAAGUAAAUAACACAAAAAGUCCCAUUUAGCUUCUAUUUUUCUUAUUUUUUCACAAAGCAGGAAUACCGUUAUAUAAGCUAGCGUGACAAAUAUUCCACACGAGUGAAUGAGUAAUUGAAGUUACGCGCCACGCGCGGCUAGUGCCGCGCUUCGUCGGAUUUCGGAAUUACUUAGGCGCAACCGACGGAUGUGCAACCCCGCAGGUCAACCGCGAGAGGUGGCAUUCGGGACUGCUCUCGCCGUCGUCGGCCAUAGUAGCAAUGGCGGGUGUUAGCUUACGUGAAUGACGGCGACCCGUGCACACGAGAACGUAUUGUCGCAUAGUCGCGAAUCGAGCGAGUGUACCUUGCGCGUAUCGUCGUCGCGUUACGGUUAUACCAGCGGGAUAACUGUGUGUCAUAUGAUUUAUCUGGAGGGUAAAGAUGCAGAAUGUAGCACAAGGUACGACCUCGGAUAGCCAGAAAAGCCACGAAAAGCAGCAGUCCGCAGCAGCAGCAGCACCAGCAGCCGCACCAGCGGCGAACGUUCACCACGACGGUUCUGGGAAGACGUCGUCCACGCCGCAGUCUUCGAAUUCGAGCCCUACGAAGUCGGAGACCGAAACCUUUUCCGAGCUGCAGCCGCGCUUUAUGACAGACUCGUCGGAGAGCGAGGAAGACAGCGUUUCCGAGGUGGAGUGUUUUGCGAUAGAUCCAGUUGAAUUGGACGAAGAUCAUACCGAGUCGUCAAAAUUUCUAUUGACACCUGAAGACCCUGAACGUUCCGUGGAUCCUGAAACUCAAGCGCGACUAGAGGCACUUCUCGAAGCGGCCGGAAUAGGGAAAUUGUCAUCGGGUGAUGGGAAACAUCUAGCAGACCACGAGGUGCUGCGUAGGUUAACAUCCAGUGUUUCUUGUGCUUUGGACGAAGCUGCGGCAGCAUUAACACGUAUGCGUAACGACAAUCCACGUACGCCGAACGAAAAGCGCUCUCUCGUCGAGGCGUGCACCGACGGAGACGUCGGCACCGUUCGGAAAUUGUUGACGGAGGGUCGGAGUGUACACGAAACUACCGAGGAGGGAGAGAGUUUGCUCUCUCUGGCUUGCUCAGCUGGUUACUUGGAACUUGCUCAGGUUCUAUUAGCAAUGAAUGCUAAUGUAGAAGAUCGUGGUAUCAAAGGGGAUUGCACCCCUUUGAUGGAAGCCGCCAGUGCAGGACACGUAGAUAUUGUGAGCUUGCUAAUUGCUCACGGAGCAGAUGUCAAUGCUCAAUCUACUUCAGGUAACACUCCUCUUAUGUAUGGAUGUGCUGGCGGACAUGAAGAUGUUGUGCGUGUCUUAUUAGAAGCAGGGGCCAAUGUUGAAGAUCACAAUGAGAAUGGUCAUACACCUCUGAUGGAAGCAGCAAGUGCCGGACAUGUUAAAGUAGCGAAGAUUUUGCUUGAACACGGCGCCGGCAUUAAUACGCAUUCCAAUGAAUUUAAGGAAUCUGCAUUAACGCUGGCCUGUUACAAAGGGCAUUUAGAGAUGGUUCGUUUCCUGCUGGAAGCUGGUGCAGAUCAGGAGCACAAAACUGAUGAAAUGCAUACAGCUCUUAUGGAAGCCUCUAUGGAUGGUCAUGUUGAAGUUGCCCGUUUACUCUUGGAUUCGGGCGCUCAAGUGAACAUGCCAACUGAUAGCUUUGAAUCUCCAUUAACAUUGGCUGCGUGUGGCGGUCACGUUGAUUUAGCUAUGCUUUUAAUUGAGCGUGGCGCCAAUAUAGAAGAAGUCAACGAUGAGGGUUAUACACCAUUGAUGGAAGCAGCACGUGAAGGACAUGAAGAAAUGGUUGCUUUGUUGUUGAGCCAAGGUGCAAACAUCAAUGCCCAAACUGAGGAGACUCAGGAAACUGCGUUAACCUUGGCUUGUUGUGGCGGGUUUUUGGAAGUUGCCGAUUUUUUAAUCAAGGCGGGAGCAGAUAUUGAAUUGGGUGCAUCGACUCCGCUCAUGGAAGCUGCUCAGGAGGGUCAUCUCGAUCUCGUUCGGUAUUUACUGGAAUCUGCUGCAGAUGUUCACGCUCAAACGCAAACUGGAGAUACGGCACUUACGUAUGCCUGUGAAAAUGGUCAUACUGACGUGGCGGAUCUUUUGUUGCAAUACGGCGCUGACUUGGAACAUGAAUCGGAAGGAGGCAGAACUCCUUUGAUGAAAGCUUGCAGAGCGGGUCAUUUGUGCACAGUUCAAUUUCUUAUAUCGAAAAGUGCAAAUGUUAAUCGACAAACGACGAACAACGAUCACACGCCUCUCUCUCUAGCUUGUGCCGGUGGUCAUCUCACGGUAGUGGAAUUGCUUCUUGCUCAGUCUGCUAAUCCGUUUCAUAAACUGAAGGAUAAUUCCACAAUGCUGAUAGAGGCUGCAAAAGGUGGUCACACCGCUGUUGUUCAACUUUUAUUGGAUUAUCCUCAUAGCAUUAUGAUGAGUGCGCCUCAUCAUAAUGCUACUGCUGCACCUGCGCCCAUGUUAUUACCGCAACAGCAGCCUCCACAACAACAACAACAACAGCAGCAGCAGCAGCAGCAGCAGCAGCAGCAGCAGCAGCAUCCGUCUCAACAGCAGCCGUCUCAACAGCAGCAGGAGCAGCAUGUAAGUCAUCAGCAACACGUACCUCAUCCUCAAACGUCAACACAGCCGCAACAACAUCCACAGCAGCAUCCACAACAGCAGCAGCAGCAGCAAACAGCAGAGCAACAGCAAGCUCAAAAUCUACCCAAGCACAAUACACAAAAGUCAUUAUUAAGGAAGAAUCGGUCAGUGACCAUGAUGCCCGAUAUGAGCCUUACUUCCGCCGAAGCGCAGCAAGUUCGUUCGCAGCCCGCAGGAGAAUCAGCUGUAAUCACCAAGGACGAUACCAAUAUCCUCGACAAGGGCAGCGGGGGAUUCACGAGUUUGUCCGACCCUAACAUUAGCCUUAGCCCGACGCCAGCAGCGUCAACGCAAGGGGUAAAUGUUACCGAAAGUCGGAAAAAUACUAGACAAGAGCAAAUUCUUCAUAAGCAACAAAUACUUGAGGAAUUACAAAGGGUAGAGCGAGAAUUACAAAUUAAAGGCGCAGGACAUUUAUUUUCUGGCCCACGAAAUUCCAUUAUUAAUCAACCUCAACAGCAACAGCAGCAAGAUCCUAGUGAAACAGAGGCAUUAUUACCAAGUAUGUUAAACAUCGACUUACCAGCACAAUCAGCAACCUCCCCUCAUGGAUUGGUUUGCACGACCGGAAUGUCCGGUGGCUCGUUGACAUACCAAGGGACUAGCGAAGUGGCGUUGGCCUGCAGCGCUUAUCUCGACGGUAAGAUAAUGGGGAUGCAAGCAGCGCAGUUCCAGAAGACGCUUUCCGUGGCUCCAACCGCGACGGAGACCUUCCCCACGAAUACAUUUCCCUCCUCGCCACCGCUGUCUCUUGCGCCGUUGCCUGCUACAACCGCCACUACCGUUUCAUUGAUUACCGCUAGUUCGUCGACGACUACGCCAAGUCCGCCGAGUAUCUCCACUCCUCCGGCAGUUCCUUUAACUGUUCAUCAAUCCACCAUUACUGCGAGUAGCGAUGUCAGUCAGAACACUGCAAUAAGCGACCGUCCGAAGGCUAAACCCGUGUCCAAAAAGGAAGGGAAGAACGUUCGGAAGGCCGCGUCCGGUAUGGCGAUGGCGAAAUUACAGCAAACUCAAGCGACCAUAAUGGCUGGCUUGCAGCAACAAUAUCAGCAGAAGCAGCGUCAACAUACCUACCAGGUGCAACAAGUUCACCAGCUGCAGCAACUAAAUCAGCAAUUGCAACUUCAAUUGGAUCAAGUACAGAUACAGCAGCAAUCGCAGCAGCCGCAGUCGCAACCGCAACAACCUCAGCAGCAAGCCGUGGUCGGUAAUAACGCGAGCAGUAUACUCAUGCCCACUCAAAUAAUGUCACAUUUGCAUCCAACGCAUCAUCAUUUGCAUAGCCAGCAAACCGCGCAAGAGAAUCUUUCCGAGCAGGCGGAUCCCGAAAUAACGCGAAAGUACAGAGAAAGUGCUUGUGCAUUUUUUACGGGAGCUCAGAAAUCGAAAACCUUCUCUACCAAUGAAAGAAUGCUGAAAUUGGAAGACGGCACGGAUAUUCCUUUCGAUGAUGCGUUUGAACUUUUUCGCUCCAUCAAUUUCGAUGAGGCUGUCGAUGCAACAGAAGAUCAAGAAAAACUCGAAUUGAAGAGACUAGAUGUAUCGAGCACUAAAGAACAGCCGCAACAACAGCAGCCGCAGCAGCAGCAGCAGCAGCAGCAGCAGCAGCAGCCGCCACAGCAGCAGCCACAGCCGCAGCAGCAGCAUUUACAACAAUCUACGCAAAUAGUUCAACAAAGCGGAAGUCCGCAUGCGUCCCAAGAAUAUUUCCCUGGUCUCGUACCGUCGGUUUCUUUACCGACGUUACCAUCGUUGCAAGUGACAAGUGCCGGCGUGCAGAUCGAAGCAGACAUAUCAGCGGGUUUGCAAUUGACGAGUACGCAGUCCUUGCAGAGCCCGGUAUUGAAGAAUCAUAUCCGGGCCUUUGAGGAAGGCUUCCGCCAAGGCAGCAGACACUUUCGCGAAUGCAUGCAGCAUAUUAGCAGCGACACCUUCCAACCCCAACUGCUGCUUCAAUCAUCUCAAAUAACCUUUCCCACGCAAACGUUACCAACUGUGAGCGGAGCGACGGGAAUAAUAGAUAGUAUACCUCAUCAGUCGAGCGGUUAUGCACAAUCCACGACUUGCAGCACCAAUCAAGUUCAAGUAGCCACGCAGACUCAAGCACCGGCUACAACGACCGCCGCGAAUGUCACGGCCACUGAUAAGAAGCAAGUAUACACUGCUCCGACGACCGGCAAAGGCAAAAAGGCUAGAUAUCCUCUUUUGGCUCAGCAACAAUCUUGUCAGCAACAGCAGACUGCCAGUGCUCAGCAGACUCCCAAUUUUCCCGCGCAGAAUUAUCAGCUGGACCCAGCAGGUGUUCCAACUGUUGGAGGAUAUGCGACGAAUCAAGUUCCGCCCGCUCCGUUCUCGUGUAUGGAUGUGGAUUCCGAAACUGACAGCAAUCACGACACCGCGCUAACUCUGGCUUGCGCGGGAGGACACGAAGAUCUUGUCGAGCUUCUUCUGAGUCGCGGGGCAGAUAUAGAGCACAGAGACAAGAAGGGAUUCACUCCGCUCAUCUUGGCGGCAACGGCUGGGCAUCAGAAAGUAGUCGAGAUUCUACUCAAUCACGGAGCUGACAUUGAGGCGCAAUCUGAACGCACCAAGGACACGCCGUUGUCCCUUGCAUGCAGCGGAGGAAGAUACGAAGUAGUUGAACUACUGCUCAAUCGUGGCGCGAAUAAAGAGCACCGAAAUGUUUCGGAUUAUACGCCGUUAAGUCUUGCGGCGUCAGGUGGUUACGUGAACAUAAUAAAACUUCUACUUAGCCACGGCGCCGAAAUUAAUUCUCGUACUGGUUCAAAAUUGGGUAUAUCGCCUCUCAUGCUUGCAGCUAUGAAUGGUCAUACGGCGGCAGUUAAAUUACUUUUGGACAUGGGCAGUGACAUUAACGCGCAAAUAGAGACUAACCGCAACACAGCGUUGACGCUUGCAUGCUUCCAAGGAAGACACGAGGUUGUCAGCCUUCUUCUCGAUCGAAAAGCCAAUGUCGAACAUCGUGCCAAGACUGGUCUGACACCACUGAUGGAAGCAGCGAGCGGAGGUUACGUUGAAGUUGGCCGUGUGUUGCUUACUAAAGGUGCGGAUGUCAACGCAACGCCCGUCCCAUCGUCUCGUGAUACUGCCCUCACUAUCGCCGCUGAUAAAGGACACUGCCGUUUCGUAGAACUCUUACUAUCAAGGGGAACUCAAGUUGAAGUAAAAAAUAAAAAAGGGAACAGCCCGCUGUGGUUAGCUGCAAAUGGUGGGCAUCUUAAUGUGGUGGAUUUGUUGUAUCAUGCAACUGCUGACAUUGACUCGCAGGAUAACCGCAAGGUUUCUUGUCUGAUGGCUGCGUUUCGAAAGGGUCAUAUUAAAGUUGUCAAGUGGAUGGUGAAUCACGUAACGCAAUUCCCAAGUGACCAGGAAAUGAAUAGAUACGUACAGACCAUUAAUGACAAGGACCUUCUGGAUAAAUGUCAGGAUUGCAUAAAAGUUAUUAGAGCAGCUAAGGAAACGCAAGCUGCUAAAGCAUACAAGAACGCUAGCAUACUAUUGGAGGAACUAGAUAUGGAGAAAAACAGGGAGGAAUCGAAGAAAGCGGCGGCCGCGCGCAAACGAGAGAGGAAGAAAAAGAAGAAGCUCGAGAAGAAGGAGGAGAAACGCAAACUCCACCAAGCGUAUCACAAGAAAAACGAGACGGGUUUCGAAGAUAAGGAAGAGAACGGAAAGAAAUCGGGGGAUGAGGAAUGCGAUCGGGCAGACGAUAGCGAGCAUGAAGGUGGCGAUGAAAGAAUGGAGAGCGUGCCGUCGCCUGUCAACAGAAGCCCGGAGGACCCGGAUAGAGAAGAAGGCGAUAGCGGUAUAGACGCAAACAGUCAGGGCAGCUGUAGUAGCAACGACGUGAAGGCACGUGAAAAGAAAAAGGAUAAAAAGAAGAAGAAGAGCAAUAGUCCUACCAACAAUGAGAAGGACACGUCUCCCCAGCGUUCACCCAAGACCCUUAUUGCACAGAACACUAAUCUGUCUCAAAACACAACAGCGUCGAAUAAAUCUCAAAGUAACACUUCAGAAAAGCGUAUUAUAACCAACGUUACCAGUGCAGUAUCUGUGUCCACAACUUCGGUCACGACUACCAGAACAUCCACCACCGUCAAUUCCGAUCGAAAGCUGAAAGGUCAAUUGGUAUUCGAAUCGUCCAGGCAUCCAGCAGAGAGGGAAGAUUUUGAAGCAACUGGUAAUGAGACUUACAUUGCUGGCAAGGGAAAGAAGUCUUACAAUAAUCAGUACGAUGGGGAUUCUCUGAACACGUCGGCGAAAGCGAGUAACACCAGCCCUAAGCAAAGCGGAAAGCGUGAGGAGGGUUGGAAGGAAGUUGUGCGAAAGGGACAAUCGGAUGAUUCCGGAAGGUUUAUGAAUUCCCCGUAUCGCUCGAAAAAGGUUGCUGUUCCACCGAACGCCAUCAGUCGGGUAAUAGGAAGGGGUGGUAGUAAUAUAAAUGCCAUUCGCAUCGCAACGGGUGCGCACAUUGAGGUGGAAAAACAAAGUAAAUCCCAAGGGGAGAGAAUAAUUACAAUAAAAGGGUCUAGCGACGCUACAAAGCAAGCUCACUCUUUUAUAUCGCAAUUAAUUAAAGAUCCAGAUGUGGAUGUCGGGCAAAUGAUUUCAAAGUCCAAGAGCGUCGUGACAACCUCAUCGUGGGACAAAUCUGUCUCUACCGUUGCCUCGAGCAAGUCGAGGAUUGGUUCUGUAAAUAAAGCGCCUAAUUUGGCGUCUAGUACAACCAAUAACCAAAUCAAUAAAUCGGGAUAUUCUUCAAACGUAUCCACAGUAAGUCAGUUGGUUCCUCUACGUUCAUCGUCUACUAUUAAAAUUGCUGGUGCUUUCUCUACAUCUUUACCGCGUGCGACAGCGCCGAGGCUUGUGGCUGCAGCAGAGAAACGUGCACAAGCAGUUGCCGCCCAGAUGGCUUCCUCGUCUAACACCAAGACGACGAUGUCAUACACUAGUGCAAUUAUGACCGCUGGUAGAGCAGGGACAAAGAUCGUUACAACCAGUACGACGCAGACGUUCGCAGCGAAGCUGUCUGAGAUCACUGCCUCGACUCACAGUUCCACAACCGUCAUCCAGUCCACUCACAGCGCAUCGAUGAACAAGCAGCCGAAACCGGUGGCGCAAGCCGCGACCGUGACCGUAAUGUCGGCCACACCCGCGGCGACCGCUCACAUGACCAACCAGCAACAGCAACAGCAGCAGUCCGUAGUUACUAUAUCACCGAAACACUGCCGACCACUGCCCAAUUUGUCUGCCCAGCCAACAAUGGCGUCCCAUUAUUCUGGAAAGUCGACUUAUCCGCUUGGGACGAGCACGAUUUCGUCAUCCUCGUCCACAAGUACCGUAGCGGUAACCAACUGUUCCGAAAGUUCAGCUGUUUCGACAUCGGCAAUGUCCGUUCGUGUGACACCGUCACCACCCGUUGUAGUGUCUCAGCACACAUUACUACCGCCGUCCCAGCAACAGCAACAACAGCAAUCCGUGCAACAACAGCAAUCACAACAAGUUCGCAGUGCAACGCCGGUCGUGAUUCAAGAGCAUCAACAGCAGCAGCAACAGCAACAGCAGCAGCAGCAGCAGCAGCAGCAGCAACAACAACAGCAGCAGCAGCAGCAGGCGCAGCAACAACAGCAACAACAACAACAGUCGCAGCAACCAGCAACCACUCUAGAGUAUUCCUUGUUUAACGAUACUUUUACCAAAGUCACGCAACAAUCGGUGUGGGGUGCAAGAGACACCGAGACGCAAAAGGGUAUGAAUUUUGCUACUGUUGCUGGCGGUGGUGUAUCGUCAAACUCUGGUUCGGGCUCGUCUACGGCUAAAUUUGACAGCUCUCCACCGCAGGUGGAUGCGUCUAAAGCUCCGGGAUACCGGGGAACAACAAUGUGUUCUCCAGUUUCCAGCAAGCCAGGUGCCACGAGCAAUGCGUCGACCAAUGUAAUCGGCAGCGUGGUGUCGUGCUCCGUGCACAAUAACCCUAUGCAACCGGCGCAGUACCAAUCUUCCACAAGUUACAAUGAACAUCCGCUACCAAACAAACCUCCCGGAAGUCUAGCGGUGGCUAGACCGGUGAUACCCCAGCAGAACAUCGACAUGGGAACGGGAAUGGCAGCGCAGUACAACCGACCGGCGGUCUUUCAGGGCGACCUGACGUCGCGGAACGCGACCCCUCACCAGCAGGCGCCGCACGUGAUAUCUUCCACGUCGCAACCGGCGCUAGACGUUGGGCUAUUCAAAGCGAACAGCGGCGGCGGUUAUGAACAUCCGAACGUAAACUCUAGCUUGCUGAAGAUGGUGCCGAACGAGAAUCAGGGCGGUAAUACCGCUCAUCCCCUGUUACCGUACCAUCCACACAUGCAGAGUUUCGCUCAGACGGCGCCGUCCGCCUCUGUGACCACCGUUAGCAUGUCGAGAUUGAAUCCUCGUGCUCCCGACUUCUCCAGUUCGUUGCAUUUGAGCAAUAAGCCGCAGGUGACAAUGUUCAAUCCCGCCGCAGCAGCGGCCGCUGCGGCUGGAUCCGCCGGCCUGCAUCCGGCGAACAUGUUCGCCGCCACCGUGCAGGCGCCGCCGCCGUCCGCGAUACAAUCCAAUAAUCUGGCGAUGCUGGGUAAUUUCCCGCUGGGAAAGUAUCAGCCACCGACGCGAGCGGCCCCGGCGGCGGCCAACGCCGGCAUCUCGACGGCGGGACAGACUGCGCGCUGGCCGUUCGCCGCACCGGCACCGCACAGCAAUUAUCCUCCUCAUCAAGACCAGAUGAUGAGUCAGAUUAGUUUCUCCAAUCACUUGGCGAACAUCGGCGGACAGCCUGGCGGCAUCGAUCUUAUCACGAGUCUAGAGAACGGUGGUUCACCGGCGAUAUCACCCUCGUCACCGGCCCAAGUGGCUCAAGAGAUGAAUCAGUUGAAGAUGGAAGAUCGCAAAGUGCCACGACCGAUUGGCACCGAGCGUGCAACUUGGAAGAAUUACUCAGCCGCGGGCAUGGGCCCUGGCGGUGAUGCCGAUAACAUUGGCGUCGGCGGCAGUUGGAUGAUCAAUAAUGAGAAGAUGGGUUGGUCGAAUUGCAGUCUGACGCCUGGUAUCGACAGGCAUCAAAUGUUCCGGUCGAAUCCUACCUACAAUCAACGUAUGUCCAACGUCGAUCCGGAAAUUCAUCAGAUCAUGGAAUCUACGUUCCAGGGUCACGUGGAUACUCAACAGCCGUUCCCGGCUAACGGAAACGCCGCGACUUUGUCGCUUAUACCGGGGUUGGCGUUAUUGCCGGGGCAGUAUGGAACACCUGGCCUUGCGGAAAUUCCCCCGAAUGAGCCGAAUAAGAUUGAUCCACCCGCGUGGACGAUGUCGGAUCCCGUUCAAGACAAGCACAACCCGGCAUGGAAUAAAUGGACUCACUAGAGCAAGAAAUCCGAGUCUGACUCAUCUGACGAUGAAAACUCAUUGAAGAAGAGAUAAGAUACAAAUAUGGCCAUUUGUAUUAGUGGUAGUCUGGACUGGAUUAAUUAUUUGUAGGCACAUAUAAAUUACAUUACAAUCUUAUUAUAUUCAUUCAAAUCCGGAUUCUUGAUAUUACUUGUCACGCUAGAAGAUAAGGCGACAAAUCCUUAAUUAUACGACUUAUUGCUAUUAAUAGUAUAUUCCGAGUUAAUUACAGAGUAAGGAAUAUGCGAGAACAGUAGAGAUAAAAAAAGCAUGACAAAAAAGCAUCGGCGUCGGUUUAAAAAAAAAAGCAACAAUUAACAAUCCGGCGUUCGAGUUUUCUGCUGCUUUUUUCUUUGCCGUUAUCAAUUGUUAAUCGGUAUCGGUACACUGAUCAACAAUUCUUGCAAUUAAUAAUGAUUUUUUUUUUCUCUUAUUGUUGAGAAUGAUCUGAACGAUUCCGAAUAUUUCGAACGUGACAUAUUCGCGACCAACUGUUUCGCGAUAAGAUCCAGACGCACAUGCAUUUCACCUUCCGCUUCUGCAAUAACGAGAAAUAUCACUUUAGAAUCGUGCCGGAUAUCAACUCUCAAACUAUCACCGAAACGAGGUCUUUCGAUUCGAGUUACUUGUGGACAGAGCCGUGUGCUUAUAGCAUUCAUGGAAUUAUAAUAGUCGACGUGAUUAAUGUUCACUAAAAAUGUUGAAAGGAUGAUCGCUAUAACAGUACGAUAAAAAUUGUGUAAAUAAUUCGCUUCGCAAACGGGAACACCGAUUACUACUUCCAUAUCGCAAAGUGAAACACGAAGGUGACACGAGAUGUGAAAGAGAGAAGAGGGAUAGAGAAGAAAAGGGAUCUUGGAAAUUGAACCUGGAUAGAUAUAAAUCUUCCACUUUUGCACCUGUGCUUGAAACCGUCACUGUCACUCCGCCGAGCCUGGCUAUUUCCUUCUAAAGCUACGUCCCAGAAUAAAUAUCCGAUAACUAGAACAAGAAAGAAUCGUUCCUUCGCUCAGACCGCGCAGACCGCGCGGUUGGCGCGCACGCUGUUUUGUCGCGCGAACGAACGAAUUGUAUAGAUCCUCCUUCCGUCACAGCGGCUGCACGUUCGUUCUGCGUCAGUGAACAAUCGAAGAUAACGAACGAAACGAAAGACGACGAAUAACGUUAUUUCCACCGAUUACGAGAUUUCCGUUGUCCAGCCGUCUCGGUACGUUUGCAUCUUCCUUCUCUUUUGUUAUUAGGCACAAUUGUUAAUCACGCCCCAGUUACGAGCAGAUCAACCGGACACAGAUUAUCGUAUGAUACUCGUAGCGAGUUUUUAUCGAGCACACAUACACACAAGGCAUACAUGCACACACGUUAAAAAAAAAAUGAAAAAAAAAAAA